CCGGAUCCUUGUGCUCCGGCUGGAGGGUUAUUUUUGUGCCUCUCCUCCCCGGCCAGGCACCCCAGCCCGCUCCCUCUCAAGCAUUAUUGGAUUUGUUUUCGCCGUUCCAACGCCGUUGAGUGCUUACCAAUAAUGUCUAAGGUUGCCACCAAGGGCAAGAUGCCCGCCACCGCCUCCAGCGCUGAGACCCCCUUCGAGUCCCGCCCCAAGAACUUCUCGAUCGGUGGUACUGUCCAGCCCACUCGCGAUCUCACUCGCUACGUCAAGUGGCCCAAGUACAUUCGCGUUCAGCGCCAGCGCGCCGUCCUCAAGGCCCGCCUCAAGGUCCCCCCCACCCUGAACCAGUUCAAGAAGACCCUCGACAAGAACGGUGCCGUCUCCCUGUUCAAGCUCCUCAACAAGUACCGCCCCGAGACCUCUGUUGAGAAGAAGGCCCGCCUCCAGGCUAUUGCCCAGGCCAAGGCCGACGGCAAGGAGCCCGAGGCUACCCCCAAGCCCGUCUACGUCAAGUACGGUCUGAACCACGUCACCGCCCUCAUCGAGGCUAAGAAGGCCAAGCUCGUCGUCAUCGCCGACGACGUCGACCCCAUUGAGCUCGUCUGCUGGCUCCCGGCCCUCUGCCGCAAGAUGGACGUCCCCUACGUCAUCGUCAAGGGCAAGGCUCGCCUCGGCACUGUCGUUCACAUGAAGAACGCCGCUGCCCUCGCCAUCACCGACGUCCGCCCCGAGGACGCUCAGGAGCUCGCCACCCUCACCCAGCUCGCCAAGGCCAAGUACAACGACCGCUUCGACGAGGCCCGCCGCCACUGGGGUGGUGGUGUCCUGGGCUACAAGUCCCAGCAGGCCAUCAUCAAGCGCGAGCGCGCCAAGGCCAAGGAGCUCAACACUGCCUAAGUGUCUGCGCACUCUUUGUCUUGCUGUGUUGUCGCCGCCCCGCUGUGCCGUCUCCUCCGCCCGGGGGUGUUCUUUCCCAUCCCCGAAUGGAGGGCCUGUGUUGCGAUGUGUGAAAUAUACUUCAUCUCCAAUCCUAGAUAGGACAAAAAUGCUCUCA